AUGACUUACCUUCAUAUUUGGAGAUCUUUGACACACCAAAGAAGUUCAGGAAUCUUUCAACGAAUCCAGAUUCAGUCUGGACAUCUGUGUGAAGUGGUUUUUCGUCAAGAAACCCGAAGAACUCCUUUUCGUAGUACCUAUAUUCCUCCACCGUCAUGGGCGCUAUGGUAUACUCCGGUAAAAACUGAGAAGAAGAAGAGUAAAGACAGUAAAGGAGGAGGUGAUGGGGUAAAUGAGAAUGGUAAUGAUGACAAUACUGAUGAUGAUGAUUAUGAUGAUGAUGAUGAAUAUGAGGAUGAUGAUUCGGACGAAUCAGACGCUGGUUCUGUUAAUUCGGGAUCUUCUCAAGGCUCAGCAUCAGGUAAAAAGAAGAAGGGUAGAAAGAAACCGUCUCUACAGUUGAAGAUGUUACGUGGUAGGCGAGGAAGGAGGCCUAGAAUGAAGUUUAAUCUUCCAGAAAGGAAAUUAACGGCUGGUGAGAAAGUUCCAGUAGAAAUUUGCUACACUGUUUCGAAAGCUAACGUCAUGUGGCAGGAUGGUACAGUAGAAAAUAACAUGCUAUCAGCAGAGUUAUACCCCAUACAUCAUCUAGAUGAGUUGGAAUUCUUCCCUGGUGAUUUUAUUAUUGACGCAAAAGAUACGGAGGGUUUUAAUGAUUAUGGUGUAGUUGUGUCAUGUGAUCAUUCUGCUAGAACAUGUUAUAUACAGUGGUUACGCCCGUAUGAAGUUGGCAAAUCAAAGCGACCGACAGUAUUAUCUGAUGUACAUGAAGUCAGUGUUUAUGAUAUAAAAGAUCAUCCACAUUAUAAAUUCAGACCUGGUUAUAGUGCUAUUAGAGUGGGAGGUUUCGAGGAUACAGAACAGAAGUUAUCAGCUGUUGGUCAAGUGUACAGAUUAAACCCUAGUGGGUCCAUACAGAUAAAAUGGGCAGACGGAACUCUCUCCGAUUGUUUUCCUCAAGAAUUAUAUCUAGUUAGUGAUGAGUAUAAACCACAGUAUAAAUAUAAUCAUCAUUCCAGUUCUAUAUCUGAUAUUCUAAACAAGCAAAAUAUCUAUUAUACCCUAUUGUUUAAUUUUAAUAUAGAUACAAUAUCAGAAUUUUAUAUAACAAAAUGUUUUGUACUGUUUCCUUCAGAUUGA